GCAGCGCCCGCCCUCCGUCCCGCGUCGCCCGCCAGCGCGCCAGCGCCCGCUCCGCCUGUGACUUCAGUUCGGCUCCACCCCCGCGUGGCGAAGGCUCGCUCCGGACGGACCCGCGCUCGGCACAAGCCCAGCCCCGGCGAGCGGCCGCCACCUGCCCGGCGCCGCCUCCCGCCCCACCGCGGCCCAAGUUGGACGGAGUUGGGGUCUUGAGCGCCUGCCCCGCAGCCCGCCAGCGGAGAGCCCCACGUUGCCACCUUCGCUCUGGGACACCCUCUCUGCCCGUCUCCACUCCCGCCAUGGGAAAAGUUGGCGCUGGCAGCGGCUUUCUGGCCGGGAUGAGCGCGCUCCUCGCCGGCGUGGGGCUCUUGGUCCUCUGGGCCCCCGGCCCCUGCGUUGGCAGCUCUUGUUGCCCCCCGCGACACUCCACCUCGACCUCACGCUGGGCACCGGCCUCAGGGGGCUUUUCUCACCAGGGGGUGCCAGGCAGGGCUCCAGACACGCCCCUGCCCCUCCCAGUGCGCCCCCUGUUCGCAGUGGCCCCCGGGGACCGAGUGCUGUCCCUGGAGCGGGCCCGGGGCACUGGGGCGUCCGUGGCGGUUGCUGCACGCUCUGGCCGGAGAAGAAGGAGCGAAAGGGAUCAGGGGAAAGCAGAAGAGAAAGACGGCGGGAGUAGGAGCCCCCGGGGAGUGCUAAGGGACGAAGGGCAGCAGGAGACUGGGACCCGGGAGCGGGACCCGGACAGAGCCCCCCGCUUCCGGACGGAGGAGCUGAGACUGACCAGCACCACGUUUGCGCUGACUGGCGACUCAGCACAUAACCAGGCCAUGGUCCACUGGUCUGGCCACAACAGCAGCGUGAUUCUCAUUUUGACAAAGCUCUAUGACUAUAACCUGGGGAGCAUCACGGAGAGCUCGCUUUGGAGGUCAACCGAUUAUGGAACAACCUAUGAGAAGCUGAAUGACAAAGUUGGUUUGAAAACCAUUUUAAGCUAUCUCUAUGUGUGUCCUACCAACAAGCGCAAGAUUAUGUUACUCACGGACCCCGAGAUCGAGAGCAGCUUACUGAUCAGCUCGGAUGAAGGGGCAACGUACCAGAAGUACCGGCUGAACUUCUACAUCCAAAGCUUGCUUUUUCACCCCAAGCAGGAGGACUGGAUUCUGGCAUACAGUCAAGACCAAAAGUUAUACAGCUCUGCUGAAUUUGGGAGAAGGUGGCAGCUUAUCCAGGAAGGGGUCAUACCCAACAGGUUCUACUGGUCUGUGAUGGGGUCAAACAAGGAACCAGACCUCGUGCAUCUCGAGGCCAGAACUGUGGAUGGUCAUUCACAAUACCUGACUUGCCGCAUGCAGAACUGCACAGAGGCCAACAGAAGUAAACCCUUUCCAGGCUACAUCGAUCCAGACUCUCUGAUUGUCCAAGAUGAUUAUGUGUUUGUCCAGCUGACUUCAGGAGGCCGGCCACAUUACUACGUGUCCUACCGAAGGAAUGCAUUUGCCCAAAUGAAGCUUCCGAAGUAUGCUUUGCCCAAGGACAUGCACGUCAUCAGUACAGACGAGAACCAAGUGUUUGCGGCAGUCCAAGAGUGGAACCAGAAUGACACAUACAACCUCUACAUCUCGGACACUCGCGGUGUCUACUUCACCCUGGCCUUGGAGAACGUCCAGAGCAGCCGAGGCCCUGAGGGCAACAUCAUGAUUGACCUCUAUGAGGUAGCAGGGAUAAAGGGAAUGUUCUUGGCUAACAAGAAGAUUGAUAACCAAGUGAAGACUUUCAUCACGUAUAACAAAGGCAGAGACUGGCGUUUGCUGCAGGCACCAGACACAGAUCUAAGAGGAGACCCCGUGCACUGCUUGCUGCCUUAUUGUUCCCUACAUCUUCACCUGAAGGUCUCUGAGAACCCCUACACAUCUGGGAUCAUUGCCAGCAAAGACACAGCUCCCAGCAUCAUCGUGGCAUCAGGUAACAUAGGUUCUGAAUUAUCAGACAGUGACAUCAGCAUGUUUGUCUCUUCAGAUGCAGGGAACACGUGGAGGCAGAUAUUUGAAGAGGAGCACAGCGUUUUAUACCUGGAUCAAGGCGGAGUCCUGGUUGCUAUGAAACACACAUCUCUUCCAAUUCGACAUCUUUGGCUGAGUUUUGAUGAAGGCAUAUCUUGGAGCAAAUACAGUUUCACAUCUAUUCCACUUUUUGUGGACGGGGUUCUGGGUGAGCCUGGAGAAGAGACUCUGAUCAUGACCGUGUUUGGACACUUCAGCCACCGCUCUGAAUGGCAGCUGGUCAAAGUGGACUACAAGUCUAUUUUUGACAGACUGUGUGCCGAGGAGGACUACACUCCCUGGAAGCUCCACAGCCAGGGGGAAGUAUGCAUCAUGGGAGCAAAAAGGAUAUAUAAGAAGCGGAAAUCAGAGCGGAAGUGUAUGCAAGGGAAAUAUGCAGGAGCCAUGGAAUCGAAACCCUGUCCCUGCACAGAGGCUGAUUUUGACUGUGACUAUGGUUAUGAGCGACACAGCAAUGGCCAGUGUCUGCCGGCAUUCUGGUUCAAUCCAUCGUCUCUGUCAAAGGAUUGCAGCCUGGGACAGAGUUACCUCAAUAGUACUGGGUACAGGAAGGUGGUUUCCAAUAACUGCACUGAUGGCGUAAGGGAGCAGUACACUGCCAAGCCACAGAAGUGUCCCGGGAAGGCACCCCGGGGGCUCCGGAUCGUCACUGCUGAUGGAAAGCUGACAGCAGAACAAGGGCAUAACGUCACUCUUAUGGUGCAGUUGGAAGAGGGUGAUGUCCAGCGGACACUCAUCCAAGUGGACUUCGGGGAUGGUAUCGCAGUGUCUUAUGUCAAUCUCAGCUCCAUGGAAGAUGGGAUCAAGCACGUCUAUCAGAACGUGGGCAUUUUCCGAGUGACCGUGCAGGUGGACAACAGUCUGGGGUCUGACAGCGCCGUCCUGUACUUACAUGUAACUUGUCCCCUGGAGCAUGUACAUCUGUCUCUUCCCUUUGUCACCACGAAGAACAAAGAGGUCAAUGCAACGGCAGUGCUGUGGCCCAGCCAAGUGGGCACACUCACUUACGUGUGGUGGUACGGCAACAACACGGAGCCCUUGAUCACCCUGGAGGGAAGCAUAUCGUUCAAGUUUACUUCGGAAGGAAUGAAUACCAUCACCGUGCAGGUCUCAGCUGGGAAUGCCAUCCUGCAGGACACAAAGACCAUCGCGGUGUAUGAGGAAUUCCGGUCUCUUCGCUUAUCUUUUUCUCCCAACCUGGAUGACUACAACCCAGACAUCCCGGAGUGGAGAAGGGACAUCAGCCGAGUCAUCAAAAAAUCCCUGGUGGAGGCCACGGGGGUUCCGGCCCAGCACCUCUUGGUGGCGGUACUUCCCGGCUUACCCACCGCUGCCGAGCUCUUUGUCUUGCCCUAUCAGGAUCCAGCAGGAGAAAGAAAAAGGUCAGCGGAUGAUCUGGAGCAGAUAUCGGAAUUACUGAUCCACAAGCUCAACCAAAACUCAGUACACUUUGAGCUGAAGCCAGGGGUCCAAGUCCUUGUCCACGCAGCCCACUUAACAGCAGCGCCGCUGGUGGACCUCACUCCAGCCCACAGCGGAUCCGCCAUGCUGAUGCUGCUCUCAGUGGUAUUUGUGGGGCUGGCGGUGUUCGUCAUCUACAAGUUUAAAAGGAAGAUCCCGGGCAUUAAUGUUUAUGCCCAGAUGCAGAAUGAGAAAGAACAAGAGAUGAUCAGUCCAGUCAGUCACUCUGAAAGCAGGCCCAAUAUCCCUCAGACUGAACUCAGGAGGCCUGGCCAACUUAUAGAUGAGAAGGUGGAGUCACAGUCAUAGGUAAAUGAUUCCCUAGCCAUCAGCUCUACAGCCUGAGUAGGCAAUGGCUGACUCUCUCUCUAACCCCUUUCUGGCUUGAAAUAACCACUUUCUUUUGCUCUAACACCCCUGAGAGAAAUAGUCGGAUGCCUCUGUCUUUGCUUCUUCUUAUCAGGAUGAAAAAAAUAUAUAUUCUUGCUCCUAUUUAGUUUUAUUCUUUCAUUAGUUUAUUACUCUUUUUGCAAAAAUCCUCCCUAAAACAUUGGCCUCCAAAUGAUUUUUGAACAAAAAGCCAAGCAUUUUCUCUAAUGAUACACAAGAAGGAGAGGCCUCAGAGGCUGGGGCUGGUGGGCCCGAAGGCCCGGCAAAGAUUGAGGGACAGGGUGGGUAUUAAUUAGAACCAAACUUGGCAGUCUUCACCCCACCUCUGAGCCCCAGAACACAAAUACAGGACUAAUAUCAUGGAAGCAUCCAGCCUGAUCACCUGGGGAAGUUUUCAUUAUAUCUACUAGCAAUCUAGAAACUUUCCCUCAAAAAAUGAGGGACCCGGGAACUUGAGGGCAAGAGGCAUAGAGUUUGUAGAAGACCCAGGGAGCGGGGCAUCCUCAGAGAGACCACUGGAGAGCUCAACAAUUACAGAGCAGAUUGGCAUAUUUCUUCCUCUUUUUGACUGUCCCUUAGCAAUAGUCUUAAAAUGGACUUCGUCCUAUUUAAACAGAGCUCUCUCCACCUGUGAAGUAAGCAUGGCACCCCACCAUAGAGACGGAAGUUCACUUCCAAGCCCCACUACUUACUGCAGAACAAAGUUUCCAGGAAGUUAGACAAACCCAGGCAGCCACGAUUGCUGAUCCGUUUCUCUCCUUGGUUCCUCCCGUGUGUGUUUGUUGGCAUCAGGAAUUCAAGCUGUAAAUGUUUCCACCUAGAUCCCACAUUGCUGACUAAGAUGGAUAAAUAAUUAUCUAACUAUUCAUGCUUGGCUCUAAUGUAAUAAUGCCAAACCAUAUAGAAGGCCUUUACAUAAAAUUUGUGAUGUUACUUGGAAAAAAAAUUUGUGUAAAUGGAAACAUAACCCUCACUUUAAAUGAAUGUGGGAAAGGUAUGAUGCGAAUAUUAAGGGGAAAUUUAAAUGUGAUGACUGGCCCCUGCCAUAGAUACAGGCUGACGGCAACAACUACAGCCCUAUCUAGAGUCUAAUUUUCACAGUGCCCUUUCUUUUAUUCAGGGAGACAAGGUGAUACAUGCGUAAUUGCUUUGGGUUAAAAAGUAAAAAGGCUUUUUCUGUCUCCAAGUCCAGAGAAGCAUUGACCCUGUCUGUUCACUUCUGAAGCCUCUAAGUGCAUUUUGGGGGUCAUCUGGUUCUGGGUCCCAUUCCCGCAGGCGAUUAAAGCACAGCCUCCGUUUCUCUAUUAAGGUAGCAAUUCCUCCUUUACCAGGGACAUGUGGCAACGUGUUGCAAAGUCUCUGACCCCUUUCCAUUUUCAGUGUCAUUAAAUGAGUAAGUGUUACACGUUUUCUCUUAGGAGAGUAGCUUUACCCUCCCCUCCCUCCCCUUCUACUCAACCUGGUGACUCAUCUCUCCGAUUGCAAAGAGCAAGACAUGCCAGUCCACCUUCAACGCCAAAGGGAUCGGCUGCUGCGGCACAAUUUGCAAUUUAAGGAAAACCCCCAAAGGCUACAGGCGACCUGCUGAUCAGGAAAGAAUUUCGCUCUUGUCAAGUGCAUCAUCCUUCAUGACUACUAACUUUAUGUUUCUUUUCUUUCCUCUGUUGUUCUGUUUCCUAUUUCGCCAGGAAGUAUUUCCAUAGUUGCUGAGAAUCAAAGCACAAAAGAAAUCCCUACCUAUGUAAAUGUUUGAAUGGAGGACGCCAGUAAAAACAAAAACAAAAACAUCACAACAAAAAAAAUAAAUAAAUAAAAACAAUCAAAAUCCCAACAAACAAACAAACACUCACUGCAUCGGGACUUUUUAAUUCUUCAGACACAGACAACAAGGGUUUUUAGCUUUAAGCCUGUGCAUGUGGACAAUACUUUGAGAACAUGUCUGGAGGGGCAGUGUACAGGUGCUCUAUUUUAAAUGGAAAACACUCCCCUCCCUCUUUCUUCUUCUCUUUCUUUUUUCUGAUCGGUCGUGUUUGUAGGAAAUUCAUAACAUAUAUAGGCCAAGGAAAUCUGCAUGUAUUUUUGGAAACAUUCUUGGCUCUAGAUCUAACAGCUAUUUUAGCACUACAGGCUGACGGGUGGAUUAGCCACCCUGGCUCCUUUCCUAAGACAUAAAGACACGCACAGGAGUUUGAAACCCUGAGCUGUUAUUCUGUUCCGCUUUCCGUAUGGUCAUUUUCCCUCUGAGUUAGCGUCGGUAGCUCUGUUGGUCAACAGUGACCACAGGGCUGCUUUCUCCAUUCUCUGUGGCUACAGGGACAAAGACGAGGGGGAGACCCGUGUAAGCAGGUGGAAAGGGAAGGCCGGGAGCAGGAUCUCUUCCCACCGUGACCGACUGCUUCCCUGUAUAGCUCUUCCUACCCCUGCCCCGACUUAGGGAGAUGACGGAAUCCCAUUACCAGUUGUCUUUCCUUCCGUUUUGUUUGCCAUCCACGCGUGGUCCUGCUCUAUCAGUGUCUUCAAAUCUCUUCUUUCCAAUCCCCAAGUAAUUCUUCAGCUGUUCCCACUUUUUCUUCCCAAAUAUGUUGCUAGAUUCUGGACAUUAACCCUGACGUUUCCCAAAUACCGGCCUCCCCUCUGCCCACCCUGCCUCCCACCACUCACAGAUCUCUGAUCCCGUAGUCGGUUUUGUAUGCUCCCCAGCAUGCCAGCUUCUGUGCGCAGCGACCCAGCGGCAUCCUGCCUGCAGGGUUCACUUUCAUGUACCCUUUGUCUCUCCCUCUAGAACCUGCCUUUCCACCUGGAAACAUAUAAUGUGUGUGAAAGAGUUGAUAUAUAUGCAAAGCAAUUCAAAGCUGGCCAUGUACUUUGGAAAAGAAAGCAUACAGGUGAAUAAUGGUAUUCUCACACCUUAGCAAACAAACAAAAAAAAUCUCAUGUGGUUUCAGAAACUUCCUGUGAGAAAUGUUUUGAAUGUAUGACUAUGUUCCAGGGCAAUUUCUUCCUGGGAUGGUUGCUGUUACCUGGUACUUCCUCUCUCACAGUAGAAUAAAUAUAUUUGUGAAAUAAAACUGAUACUUUAACCAGAAGAAGAAGCAGGUUAAUGGACUUAAUGUUUAAGAGUGUCAAGAAGUCUUAGGGAAUAUAUGGCGCUCCUGUCUUGCGUUAGGAUGGGUGUUUGAUGAUUUGGAGUGACCCUAAGGAUUUCCCACGUGGGCUCUCUGAUCUCUGAGUAUCCUCAUACUAUUGAAAGAAAAAUAAGUCAGUAUAAAGGGGGAGGGAGUUUUUUCAUUAGCAGAGUGGAUCGGUUCAAAGCUAAUUGGCUGGAAGUACAAAGAAAUUGCAGGGCUGUUGUAAUGAAAGGUCCAGAGAAAGAAGGAAAUAAAAGCCCGUGCAGCUGUGUACUGGGUACAGCACGCUCUCAAUUACAGGAGAAAGUAGUUCCGAAAACCACUGAGAGAGCUCAGCCUCUUUCUUGGCUGUGUCCACAAGCCAAUAACAGGGUAUAACAGGGGCCCUGGUGACAGUGGGCGUCCUGCAGAUCCUGAUGACUCUUCCCUUAUGUUGCUUAGCAGAGAAAGUGUAGCAGACCUGCUGUCAGAAAUUAAUCACAUAGACAUUUUUAUGGUCAAGGAUGUUCCACAUGGAUCUAAGAAAUGGAUUAUGCCUGAAGCAGCCACCUAUUUGCAGAACUCAAUUGAUCUCCCACCUGCCAGGCUUCCUAUCUCACUGGAAACACCCCCAUGGAUCCUUUUUGGUUAGAGCCUCCUAAAUUAAAUCCGGAAGACAGAGUAUUUGAAAACUAGAAGAGGUUCACUCAAACCAGCACAGGGAGUGCUCAGAGUUGCAUUUCAUUUCAUUCUAAUUAGAGAACUAGGAAAAAGAGGAAUAAUACUCUUAAAUUUUGCACAGUGCCUUGCCUAGAGUAGUUGUAUGAAAAUUAUUUGUUGAAGAAAUAAGUGAAUGAAAAGGCGUAGGGAAGAAGGGGCUGUAAAUCCUAAUUAAAAACAGGUGGACAGGAGAUGCCUGGCAUUUUGGAAAGUGACCAAAGGUGGCCAACUGUACAUUCAGCACCCUCUGGGUCCUGGCGUGCCUCUCCUGGAAGCCCCCUCCCACCUGUAGAAGGUUAAUGAACUAAGAUGCUGCUCAGAGAGGAUCUCCUUAAUCUUAGGGCCUAGGCCACUGGCUCUCAAGCGUGGUACUCAGACCAGCAGUAUCAGCCGUCACCUUGGGCUUGACAGAAGUACAAAUUCUGGGUCCACACCCCAUACCUACUGAACAGAAACUCUAGAGCUGUGUUUUUCAACCUUUCUUUUUAAUCGCCUGGCACACUUGAACCUAUAGUUAAACUUCCUCGGUACACCUAGAUUAUGGUGGUUUUUAAAAAAGAAUUUUGUAUAUAUAUACACACACACACACUGUGCUUUGAACUUCUUUUAAAAAUAAUCUAAUUAAUGACCUUUCCAGUUUUUCACAGCACACCUGAGGUUCUUUCGCGGCACACACAAUGUGUGUCACGACACUGGAAAUCACUGCUCUAGUGGCUGUGCAGUGCUCAAGGGGAUGGCAGGCCCAGCAAACUAUUUUAACAAGCCCUCCAGGUGACUGUGAUGCACACUGAAGUUUGAGAACCAACUUCGGUAGUAUUCAGUAGUUGGCCACUCCUGCUGAAUCCUACCGGGAAAGCAGUGAUGAGAGGCUACACAUUGGAGGGACCCAAGUGCCUACCUACUCACUAAUGCAGGUGCAAAGACAAUGAGGAGUUGGGUGGGCAUCAGGACAGAAGAAGGUGCUGAGAGGGGUGUUUGUGGAAGGUAAGAUUCAGGGCACGCUAAAACUCUUAAUACUGCAACAUUUUCCAGAAUCCCAGAGGGCAAACUGUGCAUGCUCUACCCUGCGCUACCCAGCCAAUAUUUUCUCCCUUGCCUUAUUUGUAAUUGGAUCCACUGUCCAAAAUACAGAGGUUUGCUUUGCUUUUCUUCAGAAGUUCCAAACAGCAACUUUGAGAGCAAUGGGGUGCUUGGCAGCUGUUCUGUCUUUUCCAGGAUUCCAACUGAGCAUUGAAAUCCUUCAUUUGCCAACUUAUUUUUAUAGGAAGCCAAUUUAAAAAACAAAUGAAAGUUUUCUUAUAGUAUUGGAACUACUUCUAAUUUUAAAAUGACUUUUUUGAUGUAUUUUUGGUUAAAUACUAUGUAGUGUAAUGUAUAAUUGCUCUUGUUUAUUGCUUUUACAAUCAUAUUUAUUAAACAGAUACUGUCUCUAAAA